AUGUGUCGUCUGCCAGUGGCUUCACUCUUCAUUUGCUUCUGGUUGGUGGAGAGAAGCCACUGUAACGGCAGCCUUCAGGACAACAUGAGAGAGUUGCACAGCAGGUUUGCCGUCAGCCUCUACCAGACGCUCACAGAGACGGAGAACAACUCCAACCUAAUCAUGUCACCGGCGAGCGUCUCCUUGUCUCUGGCGCUGCUGCAGCUCGGUGCCAGAGGCAACACGCUGGCUCAGCUGGAGGGAACUCUGGGAUACAAUGUGAAUGAUGCCCAGGUACAAGACUUCCUGCUGCACUCCCAGGGCGACAUGAGCAACACCAGCCAGGGAAUGUGGCUGCAGCAGACCUGCACGUUAUUCAUCCAGAGUGGUGUCCAGCUCCUGUCUGAGUUCACACAGAAUGCAGCAGCCUGGGCCAAUACCAGCGUGGUCCGAGCCAACUUCAGCCAGCCCAAUCACUCCCGCAGCCAACCAGAGCAAGCAGGACACAACCACGAUGAGUCAUGGCCCCUCCAGUCAGGAAGCAGCAGCGGUGAGCUCUCUGGCUCAGGCGAGGCCCAGGCAGAGGCCCUGUGGUGGGGAAACCGGCUGCAGGUGGCCCUGGUCAACACGGUGGCCUUCAGGGGCGUCUGGCAGAAACAGUUUCUGUUCACCAACACACAGAACCUGCCCUUCAUCCUCUCUGAUGGGAGUCCUAUCAAGGUGCCCAUGAUGUAUCAGGCUGCAGAGGUCAGCUUUGGUCAGUUCAGGACAGGAUCCGACCAACGCUACACUGUGCUGGAGCUGCCGUUCCUGGGCCGCUCCCUGAGCCUGCAGGUGGUUCUGCCCAGCGAGAGGAAGACUCCGCUGUCCUCCCUCGAGUCCCAGCUCACUGCACGCCAUCUGGCAUCCUGGGAUACUGGCCUGCGCAGAACCAAAAUGGACAUUUUCCUACCCAGAUUCAGGAUGCAGAACAAGUUCAACCUGAGGUCAGUGCUCCCUGCUAUGGGCAUCAGUGACGCCUUCAACCCGACAGCAGCUGACUUCACUGGGAUUUCAGUGGAGGAGGGUCUUUAUGUGUCUGAUGCCUUCCAUGAAGUAAGAAUAGAAGUCACAGAGGAUGGGACAAAAGCAGCUGCUGCUACUGCUAUGGUGCUACUCAAAAGAUCCCGUGCUCCUGUCUUCAAGGCGGAUCGGCCGUUCUUAUUUUUACUUCGACAGGUUAACACAGGAUCCAUCUUGUUUAUGGGCCGAGUGAUGAAUCCAGCAGACCAAGCUCCCUAA